UGUAUAAUUUUGUUUUGCUUUGCAUUUUUGUAUUUGAUGUUUAGUUGUGUUUUAAUUUAAAGACUACAAUAUAUUUUAAAUAAUAAAAAAAAUAUAGCAUUUUUAUAAUAUUAAUAUACAUAAUUAUAUUAUCAUAUACUCGACAUUAUUAUAUCGAGGCAUAUUCAUCUUGUUCUCUAUUAAAAAAUUGCAGAAUGUCGUCAAUACAGUUUCCUGAAAAAAAAGAGAAUCCGCUGGUGUAUUUGGAUAUCAAAAUUGGAAGUGAGCGAGUUGGCAGGAUGAUAAUAGAAUUGAGAAAAGAUGUUGUUCCAAUUAGUGCAGAAAAUUUUAGAGCCUUAUGUACUGGUGAAAAAGGUAUUGGACAGCUGGGCAAGCCAUUGCAUUAUAAAGGCACAAAAUUUCACAGAGUUCAAAGAGUUUUUAUGGCACAAGGCGGUGAUAUUGUAAAGAACGAUGGCUCCUGUGGAGAAAGCAUUUAUGGCCCUAUUUUUAAUGAUGAAAACUUCUUUUUGCCUCACACAGAAGGGGUGGUAAGCAUGGCAAAUUAUGGCAAACCAAAUACAAAUAAUUCGCAAUUUUUUAUCACCUCUGUUGAUUGCUCUCACUUGAAUGGCACAAAUGUUGUAAUUGGCCAUGUGUUAAGGGGAUUUGGAAUAUUAAACGAAAUGGAGGAGUACGCUACCGACGAGGGAAGAGUUCUUAAGGAUAUUGUUAUAGAAGAUUGUGGUCAAUUAAAUAACGAGGAAGAUUGGGGUUUUUAUGAUAAAGAUGAGACCGCUGACACUUUGCCUCCUUUUCCCAGUGAUUGGGAUAAAAUCGAUGACGAAUAUAGUGAACGAGAAAUGAUGAAUAUAUUAACUGGAAUUCGAAAGUCUGGCAAUUAUUUUUUUGCAAGGAAAAAAUUUGGAGAAGCUUAUCGUAAAUACAAAAAGACACAAAGAUAUCAUAACUAUUUUCUGAAUCGAAAACGUCACAAAAUAAAUACAAAUGAUUUCCAAUUAUUUAAUUCCAUCAACUGUGCUAAUAUGGCUGCAACACAAUUAAAACUAGGAGAAUACGCUUUAGCGAAAAGUUUAGCCACUGAAACAUUAAAAAUAGAUCCAACUAAUAGCAAAGCUUACUUCAGGAGGGGCCAAGCAAAUAUACACUUGAGGAAUUACGAAGAAGCCAUAGAAGACUUAAAAGAAGCCAAUAAAUUAGUGCGCGAAAAUGAGACUAUACUGAAUGAAUUUAACAAGGCAAAAAAACUUUUAAUGGAGUACAACAGUACUCAAAAGAUGGCGUUGAAAAAUCUUUUUAAAUAGAUAUGUAUCAAGAAAUAUUUCGUUGAGAAAUUUUUCUAACUUCGGUAAUUUUUAUAAUAAGAGCUCAUAAAUUGAUUAAUUUAUAAAUAACAAUAAGUUUUUAGAACAACUUGUUUAAUAUAAUUAGGUGUUGUAUUUAAAAAAUAAUGUUACUAUUUAACAUAUUGUACCUCAGUCAAACAAAAAUUUUUUAAUAUUCUUUAACACAUAUGUAUGUAUGUGUAAUUGAAUUCGUUUUAACAAAAACAAAAAGUUGUAAUUAUACAAAUAACAAAUUUGUUGCAUUAACCUUGAAUCUACCAGCUUGUGCCGGUGAUCUACAAAUUACAUCAAAAACCAAUGUCUUCAAUUUGUGUUUUGAAAUUCAAAUAGAAAUUGAAUUUGAAAAAUUGGAUUUAAAAUAAUAAUCAUGCAUAUAUGUAUAUAAUACUCUAAUUAUUGAUAAAAAGUUUUUAACAAAUAGUUCAGCUAUUUUCUUUUAAGUUUUAAAUUCAAAAGUACAUAUAUGUAUAUAUAUUUAUUCAAAAUACAAAUUUAUAUUUUUACACAUCUUUUCUAUACA